AUGGAUACAGAGCAAUGGAUGGGGGAGUUUGUUAAGAAGCUCCAGGUUGAAGAUCAGGAGCAGUUGGAGCUGGCUUAUGGUGUUGAAAUCGAAGCGGAGGCAGUGUUAGUUGCUUUCCGCAUCAUCAUGCAAUACCCUGAUGUUUUUCAGUUCGAUAGUAGUGGAGGAGAAUUUGAUGACACCCAGAAGGAAAUUUUGCAAAAUAAGGUUGUUGGGCUUUUAAAGGAAGCUUGUGUAAAAUUGAGGGAUAAAUUUGACUACUCUAGACAAGAAGAGGAUGAUCUAGAUGUCGGUGAGUACCAGUUGCGUCGCACGCUUGUUGAGUUAAACGAAAUCAAGAAAGAAAGAGAUCCGUCCACACAAAAGUGGAGCGAUCGUGUGAAAAAGGAACAUGAAGAAUUGAAGGGUAUGUGGAACCAGUUGGAGACGAACUGGAUGCAAGUAAAAACUUCACGGCAGAGAUAUGACAUCAGAGCUCGAGAGGUGCUUUUGUUGGAAAGGAUGCACGAAAGGUUGGCUUUUCGUAUAAAUGAGGCAAGAUUAAAGAUGGUGAACAGUUUCUCUGGGUCUGGGAUGUUGCAAUGGAUUGAUGACCAUGUGACUGAGCUUUUAUAUACAACUCGCAAAGAUUUUAAGCAUGAGCUAACCGUUAGCCCACACGUUGUUGCGAAGGCAGCAAGCCCCUUGAUUGAUGCUCCGCCAUUGUCGCUCUCUGAACCAACACUGCCUCAGAACCUUGAACAAAGAAUUGCUAAGAGGGUAAUUGGACAAGAACAUGUUCUACUUGCAGUAACUGCUGCUCUAUCAAGGCAGAGGCCUCAGCGACGCCCUAUUGGAUCCUUCCUCUUCAUGUGCGGCUCUGGUUAUGGGAGGACAGAAAUGGCAAAAUCUUUGGCCGGACUACUUUUUGAUAACAAAGACAUGAUAGCAGAGUUUGACCUGGCAAAAUACUCAGGUCCAAAUUCUUUCUCACGCCUCGUUGGUCUUCUUUCUAGUUACAUUGACCCAGGCAUGAAGAGGGAGCGCUCAGAGGCAGUUAAGAAGAGGCCUAUAGGUCUCAUUUUGUUUGACAAUGUUGACAAGGCUCAUGAAUCUAUUAUUGACAUUCUGACCGAGAUUAUAGGUUUUGGUCAUCUAAUAGAUGGUCAGGGGAACGCCAUUGACUUCACUAAAACAUUGAUAAUCAUGACAACGAAUGUUGGAUGUGAUAAAUACUGGCCAUGGAAUUGCAAAUGUGCAGAUGAAGUUCAGAAGUUCCCCGUCAAAGAAGGAUUAUAUGAUGAUGCAUGGGAAACAAAACACAAUUCCUGCUAUCUUUCUCUUUUGAGGGAGGCAAAACAGCAUUUCAGACCUCAAUUGCUUGAAUAUGUGGAUGAUGUGAUUGGAAUUAGGUCUCUAUCCGUUCAGCAGUUGAAGGCGGUUGCUAGGCUCCAGCUAAGGGACAUUGCCAGCUGCAUGACACAGAAGGGCCUCAUUAUAUACCCAUCUGAAGCUGCAUUAGAUAUUAUUGUCCAGAGGUCAACUUGGCUUGGAGAUAGAAUCGUAUGUCUUUCAUAA